AUGAAUUCCGAAUCAAUCAUUCGCCCAAUUCCUCUGAUUUUCAAUUUUAAUCAAGCUCAACCAAAUUCUUCAUGUUUUGAAAAUGGACUUGGAGUUAAACAGGAAGAAUAUUCAACUAACAGCUCGGUAAGUUACUCUAACUUCAAAUCUCUUUUCAAAUUGAGUUUUUUUUCAGAGAUGCACAUCAAACGAGAGUAGUGAACAUAUGUCUGGCCUGAAAAUCCGGCGUGGUCGCCCACAACAAGAGAUUGAAGAUGGGCAAGAUGCGCAAAGUCAAAAGAAGCGACAUCGCCGAAUGUAUGCGCGACAAUAUCGCGCACAAAUGCGACAAAAAGUGGAUAAUGUGAAAAGUUUGAAGAGCGAAAAAGAUCAACUCGAAAAUCAGGUCAAAUUUCUGCAAUCUCAACUUCUUGCUCUUCAGAAUCAGAUUCAGCAAAGGGAUACUUAUAUUCAAAUUUUGCAUUUUACUACACAACUUGCUAAUAAACCCAAAGUUUUGUAA